AUGGAAAAUUGUAUGCAAUUAGAAGAUUUAUCCAGUGAACUAUUUUGUGUAAUUUUUGAUUACUUGAAUGCAUUCGAUCUAUUUUUGGCAUUUGCUUCUCUCAAUUCACGUAUUUCAUCUAUUAUAAAAUUAACUCGUCUUCAUGUAAUUAUUGAUCCUGUAUAUUGUCGUAGCCAAAUUAAAUUUAUGUCUCGUCAUUUGGCCUUUCAUUCCGAUCAAAUUAUUUCGCUCAAUAUUUUCGAUAAAAUAUGUGAUCAGAAAAAUGUCGUCGCAUAUCUUUUUAGUCGACAUGAUUUUCCCAACCUUCGUUUCUGCGUAUUGAGGGAUCUUCAAGAUUCAUCUAAAUUGGAAAAUGUUAUCAAGAAAUUGAAAUUACAAUCUCAGAUGACAUCGCUUCACAUAUUUCAGACUUACUAUACUAGUGAGUAUAAUAUAUGUAGAAGUCAUGCUCAUCUGUUCAGUGAAAUGACCCUGUUAAAUACACCAUUGACACUUCGUUUUGCCACUCUUCUAUAUCAUUAUGAUCAUUCUGAAUUAACGACAACGAUGACCACUAAUAUAAACCUCAAAUAUCUACAUUUGAUAUUUUACGGGGAAGUUGAUAAAAUAAUAAUUUAUUCGUUAAUUCCUGUUCUUCGUGUAUGUAACGCAUUGCGACAACUCAUUGUUACAAUAAAAAAUCCUCCGAUGUCACGAAAUAAUCAUAAUAUUAAUAUUCCAAAUCUUCCAUCUAUAAAUGAAGAUGAUUUACCUACAAUAUCAACAUUACAAAUACUUGAUCUGCAGAUAUUCACACAAUGUAAUAUUCAUUCACUGAAUCUUAUUCUUCAUUGUAUGCCUAAUCUUCAAGAAUUAAGUGUUACUCUUGUCAAUGACUGUAUGAAUCAAUGGCUUAUAGAUUCAUUCAUCGAUGGAAAUAACUGGCAACGAAUGUUAACAAGUCAUGUAGCAAAUUUGAAGAUAUUCGAUUUUCAUAUGUCUUUUUUAAUGGAUAAUCGAUUACUGGAUUUAAACUUGAUUCUUAAUUCAUUUCGUUAUUUUGUCACACAUUAUAAUGGUUGGCAUAUGGGUAUCAGUCGAUGGAUAACCUUUGAAGAUAUCGGAACUGAUUCUACACAUUCAUAUAGAAGUGAAUCACAUCAAUAUGUUAGCAAUCUUUCAGCUCUUAUUGAUUUGUUCAGUAUUACCAACUUGGAAUUCGAACAUAGCAAUGACUUAAGCCGAUCAUAUGUUGCCCCAUAUGUUUUAUUAGCAUGUAUUAAUGUUACAAAACUUAUUAUGCAUACUUCAUUAUUUUUCUCGUCUAUCGUCAUUGACAAUCCGAACCUUACACUCACUUUUGCUCGAAUAAAGGAGCUUGAAUUAAUUUCCGAUCAUAUGUAUGUUUCGCUGAAACAUGGAUCGAAAAUUGUCGACUCUUUUCCAUCUUUGUCACAUGUCGAAAUUGAAGUAUAUUCACUCGAUUCUGGCAUACCAAUCGUCGAUGUUUUUCUUGGUGGCCUUAAAAUGCUACGCCAUAUUAUUGUAACAUUUUCUCAUAAAGGUUUAGCAGAUGAUACAAUCACGCAAGAACAUAUAAUAGAAAAGUGGCGUCAAUCGUUUGGUUUAAAUAGAAACGAUGAAUACAAAGUAGUUGUAAAAAUUGAAGAUCAUACAUUGUAUAUUUGGAUUCCAUGA